AUGAGCGCAGAACAUCGACGCACGGAAUUUAGCGAGGGAGAAGACGAGGAGCUCAUCGAGGGCUCGCACAUUUUUCACUCGAUCGACGGCGUAGAUUUCGAACGACCAGCCAACCCUUUGGCUGCCAUUCUCGAGAAACGCGAGGCUCUCGGCCGAAACAAACGCGAACGGGAAGAAGAUGACGUGCAAGAGCCUGAAGCGGGCUAUACACUAGAUAAAUCCGUCGGAACCCCCGGAAACCGCAAGCGCAAGACGUUCGAUCUCCCCAACGCCCCCGCGCGUGUCAUCCGUCCCGUGGCUAAGAGACUCAAAUCCAACGCGAUCGAUCGCUCCGUCACUGCCCCCGCUUGUCUAAUGAACAACUUAUCGCUCCACAUGACGAGGGACGAAACGAUCUCUGAACUGGAGCAACUUGAAGAGAAGAGCGCCGCCCCGUUCCGCUCCGCCUCCAUCAACAUCCCAGACAGUUUCCAGCCCAUCCAUUGGCCUGGAGACGCCGCAGCGUCACGCAACUCUGGACGUGACCGGAGUCAGUCGUGCAGCUCUUCGUCUUCGUCCAAAUCGUGGGCCAGUGGCUUUGGAUUCUUCUGCCGUCGCAGUCUGGACGUGUCGUCCCCACUCCGCGUGCGCUUCAACGAUCUGAUGCUCCACUCGUCGGCGGGGAGCUACACGGGCUCGUGAGCAUUAUAAAAGCUUCACAACUCCAACAGCAUAUCGACAUAGCAAAAGCAUCAUAAAA